AGUCCCGGCAGCUUCUAGUAGGUUCCAGAAGGCGGCGCGUGCGGUUGCGAACGCCGAGCGGACGGGAACGCGGAGCGGUCGGAUUCGAUUCAACGGGGUUCCGGGCCAGGCUAUGGAGCAGGUGAAUGAGCUAAAGGAGAAGGGCAACAAGGCCCUGAGUGCUGGAAACAUUGAYGACGCGCUCCAGUGCUACUCUGAAGCAAUUAAGUUAGAUCCCCAGAACCAUGUGCUCUACAGCAAUCGAUCUGCAGCCUAUGCCAAGAAAGGGGACUACCAGAGGGCCUAUGAGGAUGGCUGCAAAACCGUUGACCUGAAGCCUGAGAGGAAAUUCAUGAACCCUUUCAACAUGCCUAAUCUUUAUCAGAAGUUGGAGAGUGAUCCCAGGACAAGGGCACUGCUCAGUGAUCCUACCUACCGGGAACUGAUAGAGCAACUACGAAACAAACCGUCAGAUUUGGCCAUGAAACUACAAGAUCCCCGGAUCAUAACCACUCUUAGUGUCCUCAUUGGGGUUGAUCUGGGCAGCAUGGAUGAGGAAGAAGAGGCUGCGACACCCCCGCCUCCGCCUCCCCCCAAAAAGGAAACCAAGCCAGAGCCAAUGGAAGAAGAUCUCCCAGAGAAUAAGAAGCAGGCACUGAAAGAAAAAGAACUGGGGAAUGAUGCCUACAAGAAGAAAGACUUUGACUCAGCCCUGAAGCACUAUGACAGGGCCAAGGAGCUGGAUCCCACCAACAUGACUUACAUUACUAAUCAAGCAGCGGUAUACUUUGAAAAGGGCGACUACAAUAAAUGCCGGGAGCUUUGUGAGAAGGCCAUCGAGGUGGGGAGAGAGAACCGAGAAGACUAUCGACAGAUUGCCAAAGCUUAUGCUCGAAUUGGUAACUCCUACUUCAAAGAGGAAGCGUACAAGGACGCUAUCCAUUUCUACAACAAGUCACUGGCAGAGCACCGAACCCCAGAUGUGCUCAAGAAAUGCCAGCAGGCAGAGAAAAUCCUGAAGGAGCAAGAGCGACUGGCCUACAUCAACCCUGACCUGGCAUUGGAGGAGAAGAACAAAGGCAAUGAGUGUUUUCAGAAAGGGGACUAUCCCCAGGCCAUGAAGCACUAUACAGAAGCCAUUAAACGGAAUCCACGAGAUGCCAAACUGUACAGUAAUCGAGCUGCCUGCUACACCAAACUCCUGGAGUUUCAGCUGGCACUCAAGGAUUGUGAGGAAUGUAUCCAGCUGGAGCCAACUUUCAUCAAGGGUUACACACGGAAAGCAGCUGCCCUGGAAGCCAUGAAGGACUACACAAAAGCCAUGGAUGUAUACCAGAAGGCACUGGAACUGGACUCCAGCUGUAAGGAGGCAGCAGAUGGUCAUCAGCGCUGUAUGGUAGCUCAGUACAAUCGGCACGACAGCCCCGAGGAUGUGAAGCGACGGGCCAUGGCCGAUCCUGAGGUACAGCAGAUAAUGAGUGACCCAGCCAUGCGGCUCAUCCUGGAACAGAUGCAAAAGGACCCCCAGGCACUCAGCGAACACUUAAAGAAUCCCGUAAUAGCGCAGAAGAUCCAGAAGCUCAUGGAUGUGGGUCUGAUUGCAAUUCGGUGAUGACUUGCUCAUCUCUUCCCUUCACCCUCGUGGAAAGACGAGCUGGGAUGGCAGCAAGCAGCAUGGUGCAGGGGGAGAGGGAGGAAGACAGCCCAUCUUUAUAUUUAUACCUGCCUACGUGGAAGACACAGACUCAUACAGCCGCUGCCUUGGGCCCUCUGAGCACUCGCAUGGUCUCUCACUGCUGUCCUUGGGUUCCGUGUCUCCUUCCCCUGCCCCCUCAGUCGCUGUCUCGGCUGCUCCCCAUAGUUAGUUAUUUUUUAUUUGGGGCAGUGGGCAUAUAUGGGGAGGGGAGGGUGUUCUUCCCAACCUGGGGCCCCAACUGUCUUCACAUUGUUAACUCCACGCCUUCUUCAAUAAAACAAGCCAAUCAGGU